UCUUCGCUAGACAAAAUGAUAUUCCGCGCAUUUAGCGUACUCAGUGUCAUAAUGUUUGGAUUGUGUGCGACGGAAAAGCUCGAUAUUUUGAAAACUCUUAACUACACAUCUUCCUGCAAACGUGCUUCAAGUGACUACAAUUCCUGCUUGAAAAACAGAGCUGAAGUAAUAUGGCCAAUUUUUGUAAAAGGUCUUCCUGCUGAAUUCGAUCUUCCACCUCUGGAUCCAUUUCUUUAUAAAUACGAAAAAGUUGUAGUUGAUAGUGGUGAUCUACACGGAGAAAUAAGUGUAAAAAAUAUCACUGUCAUAGGUAUCAAAAUGAUACAUUUUAAGUGGGUAAGAUCGCACCUCAACGAUGAUAUUUUCUAUCUUGGAUGUAGAUAUCAAAUACCACAAAUAGAUGCUGAAGGUAUUUACGAAGGGCAUGGCACUAUAGCCGGAUUCCGAUUCAACACGCAAGCAGGAUAUUUUAACAUAACGAUGAAAGGCAUCAGAGGAAUGUGGAACAUAUUAGGGCCUGUAAAAAAUGAUACACUGAUUGUAAAACAUUUUCGCAUAACUCCAAUGAUCAAAAACUUAAAGAUCUACGUAGAUAAUUCCGACAAUUCAGAAAUCAUGAAACUCGCCAAUAUGUUCGUGAAUGAAAACUGGCCGAUAUUAUAUCGAAUAAUAUUGCCAUUAGCGGUUGAAAAGUUUGAUACGUAUUUCAGUAACUUAGUCAAUCCCUUCUUCGCGAAGCUUUCCUUUUCGCAAAUAUUUCCAUAA